ACUCUUAUUUCUCCCUCUUUCUCGCUCUCUCACUCACUCCUUUAUCUCUCUCUCUCUCUCCUCUCUCUCCCCCUGAGCCUGAGCCUCUGAGGACUGCUGAAGUUCUGAAGUUCACUGACUCCUCCUGGGGAAAGUUUAACAGAUAACUAAAUAACUGCAGCUCCUGUCAGCUGAGAUACAGAAUGGCUGGACUGAAGUACAUGAGUGGCUUUGGCAAUGAGUUUGCCUCUGAGGAUCCUCGUUGUCCCGGAUCGUUGCCUGAAGGCCAGAACAAUCCUCAGGUCUGUCCAUAUGGGCUGUACGCUGAGCAGCUCUCCGGCUCAGCCUUCACUUGCCCACGGCCAACUAAUAAGAGAAGCUGGCUGUACCGCAUACUGCCCUCCGUACGGCACAAACCCUUCACUCCAGUGAACUGUGGAAACCUCACUGAGAACUGGAAUGAAGUGGAGCCUGACCCCAAUCAGCUUCGGUGGUUGCCAUUUACCAUCUCCAAAUUGUCUGAGAAGAAGGUGGAUUUUGUAUCGGGUCUUCACACAGUCUGUGGGGCUGGAGAUUCGAAAUCCCGUAAUGGGAUCGGUGUCCACAUGUACACCUGCAACACAUCCAUGAUUGAUAAGUGCUUCCAGAACUCGGACGGUGACUUCCUUAUUGUGCCCCAAAAAGGUGAAAUUCUGAUCACCACAGAAUUUGGAAAAAUAAAGGUGGAGCCUAAUGAGAUCUGUGUUAUUCAGCAAGGGAUGCGUUUCAGUGUGGAUGUGUUUGGUGAGACCAGAGGUUACAUCCUAGAGGUGUAUGGAGCUCACUUUGAGCUACCAGACCUGGGGCCCAUAGGGGCUAAUGGAUUAGCUAAUCCCCGGGACUUCCAGAUACCUGUGGCUUGGUUUGAAGACCGUACUGUGGCCACCGGUUACACCGUCAUCAACAAGUACCAGGGAAAGCUCUUCUCCUGUCAGCAGGACUUUUCUCCAUUUAACGUGGUGGCGUGGCAUGGAAACUACACGCCCUACAAAUACAACCUGGAGAACUUCAUGGCGGUCAACUGUGUGACGUUUGAUCAUGCUGAUCCCUCUAUCUUCACCGUGCUGACUGCCAAGUCCACCAGGCCUGGUGUGGCCAUAGCUGACUUUGUUAUCUUCCCCCCACGCUGGGGGGUCGCUGACCACACCUUCCGCCCCCCUUACUACCACAGGAACUGCAUGAGCGAGUUUAUGGGCUUGAUCAAGGGUCACUAUGAGGCGAAGGAGGAGGGCUUCCAGCCUGGGGGAGCAAGUCUCCACAGCAUCAUGACUCCACAUGGGCCUGAUUUUGACUGCUUUGAGAAGAACAGCACAGCUGAGCUCAAACCCGAGAGAGUUGCUGAGGGAACAAUGGCCUUUAUGUUUGAGUCAUCCUUCAGCAUGGCUGUCACCAAGUGGGGACUCGAGACGUGCCAGCGUCUGGACAAGAGCUAUUACAAAUGCUGGGAGCCUCUCAAGAGCCACUUCAACCCAAACUGGAGACCCAGCAGCCAGUAGAGGCCACAGUAUAUGUGGCUACACCAUGUGAUACUGUGUCACAGAUGGAAGGUGUAGAAUAAGAGUGGAUCAGGCCUAACCUACGCUUGAUUAUCCUCUCAGCAUGUCUGUACUGCAACCAGAGAAAGAACAGAGAUCUACUUCUCUAGAGGCAAAGCUGAGCUGUCUGAACUGAAAAUGUGCUAUAAAUGCAAAUAUAAACAUACUUAUUGAAUAUAAAAGUCAAUAAAAAGAAAUACAACCAAAUAAAACUCUUGGUACACACUA